AACGGGUUAAUCCUCCGCUCAUGUUUUGUACAUUUCUGUACAGUUUGUGCCACACCUAUGAUUCCACUGAAUAUCCAAGCAUCUUGUUCGCAGGUGUAAUUGGUUUGACAGAUCAUUAUUAUUCGAGUCACUCCUGUUUUGCGUUCCUUUAUCGCAUCAUACCAAUAGCUUGAAACACUUAGAUCAACAUCGUUUCACCUUCAGUCGGGUGUUUGGGAAAGUGUUUAUCUCGAUUGGUUUCCAGCGAUCAUACUCCCCAGGCUUGUUGUGCAUAAUCUCACUAAAGCAGACAUGUACUCAGUAAUACCCAAUAAUCACACAAAAAGAGAAUCUUUCAUAUCUGUUACAUAAUGGAUCUCUGAUGGCAAUGUCUCAUUCUGCCCCCAAUCAGCCUUGGGGGGAGCUGUCGAGUGUUUACCAGAAGGGAGAGGGGGAGGAGAGGGGCGAGGGAGGAGGGGGAGAUCAAGCGAGGGAGGGCUGAGCGAGAAAACUUUUCAGUCCUGAAGAGCCGGAGGAACGUGGAGCGGAGCGGAGACCAUGCAGGAGGAGUCUGGAGAGAUCUUGUGUAGAGACAGCCACAGGGUGGCGGGGUUGCUGUGCCCGCUGUGCCAACAGGGGCUAGAAGACCGAUCCUGCCUGGCCCUCCACCUGACUGCCCAGCACAACGUACUCCAGACCUGCGUGGAAAAGCUGCUCGACAUAGCUGUACUUAAACAGUGUGCCAAUCCAGGUGACCAUGAGAGCGACACAAUGACGUCUACAGUUCUGUCAGACGCUGCCUCUUUACCGAACCUGAAGCCCGCGGACCCCCCCAGCUCUCAAGCGUCUGAGUCCGAGGGAGACGCCGACGAGGCGCGCCCGUCUAAGGAGCAGAACGUGGACAUGGCGGAGGACCGGGACCCCGGGGACUGUCCCGUCCAGGCGUCGCCCCCCCCCUCCUGUCCCGUGCAGUCGGAGCCGAAGGGGCCCGCGGGCCCGGACGGCAAGGCGGGUCCCGGCGCGGCGGAGCGCGUCGCCGGCGAGAAGCCCGACCGGUGUCCCGCGCCGCCCGAGAACGCCGCUCGCUCGUUCAAAUGCACGGCCUGCAUCGAGACCUUCCCCACCAAGACGGCCCUGAGCGUCCACUACAACGCCACCUCCCACAUCCAGCGGAUGACCCUGGGCGCCGCCAAACAGGGCGUGGACAGCGAGACCCAGACGGCCCGGGUCCCGCUCCUCUCCCGGCCGUUCGUAUCCAACAAGCCCUACCAGUGUGCCGUGUGUCGGGUGUCCUACAACCACGCCAUCACCCUCGAGAGCCAUAUGAAGUCUGUGCUGCACCAGACGCGCAGCAUUAGCGCGGGCAACGUGGCAGCCGGCGGCGGCGGCAGUGGAGGGGUUCCCGGUGCCGCCGUGGCCACGACCAGCUCCGGAGCGGUCCCCCUCCUCGCCACCACCACCAGCUGCCAGGUCUCGGGCCUGUCCGGGAACCUGAUGGUGAUGGCCAAAGACGGGGAACAGAUCCGCGUCUCCCAGGCCGCGCCCUCGCUGCUCUCCUCCCCGGUGACCUCGGCGCAGGCCGUGUCCGCCUUCCUCACCCUCCUCACCUCCAGCCCCAGCGCCCUCCCGCACUCCCUCCUCCCGUCCGUGUUCCCGGGGGCCGCCGCCCCGCCGCCGAUGCUCAUGCCCCUCAUCCUGAACGGCGGCCAGGCCCACCAGCAAGCGGACGGCGUGCAGGGCCAGAUCCUGACCCAGUGCGUGCCUCUGAUGGGCCUCAGCGCCGCCCAGCAGGCGCUGGUGACCCAAAGACUCGGCAGCCUCCAGAACCAGUGGUCCUCGAUGGGGAUGCAGGCGACCGCACAGCUCUGUCAGGAGGCGCAGAACCCGAGUGUGAAGGCUGAGGGCGGGCCGCCGAAACAAGAGGCAGACGGAGGCCCGGCGAGUGCUCCGGUGGACAUCAAGCAGGAGCCAGAAGGUGGCGGUUUAGAAGAAAACAAACCCUCUCUGACACCCUCCGACAGAAGCCUCCGCCACAACAGCCUCUCUCCCUCGGCGUCGGUGCACAGCAGCUGCAGCCUCAGCCCGGUCACUUUGAACCUGGCUCUCAGUCCAGACUCCACCCCCCAGAAAUCACAGCCGGGCACGAGUCCGGCCAACGCUCUGUGCAGCCCGUUCCGGAACGCCCCGACGCCCUCGGAGCAGGCCCGGCCCUACGUCGACACCAGGGCGCCGUACGCCCACCCCGUGCCCCCCGCUCUGUCCGAGUUCCAGUCGGAGGUCCUCUGGGCGUUUUUCGAGUCCCGCAGCGAGGCGGAGGCCGCCAGCCCUCCCCGCGAGGACUGCGAGGCGCUGGGCAAAGAGGUGGGCAUCCCCGAGGCGGAGGUCCGCCGGUGGCUGGGCCAGGCCCGGCAGGCCAAAGAGAGGCAGCGGGCCGAGCGGUCGGGCCGUGCUCCGCACGCAAAGAGGCCGCGCCCCGCCGGCUCAGACCGCGGCUACCAGGACGACGACGACGACGAUGACGACGACGAGAGCGCUCUGGUGAUCGCCGAGGACGGCGCCGUCGACCACGCAGAAGGUCAGGCCAUGGACCUGUCGAGCAGAGGGAAGAAGAAGAGAGGGCGGGGCCUGAGCAGCGAGGGCCAGGGCGACUCCUGUCUGACCUCGGACUCGGAGAACGGGGCGGAGGUCGGCAGCUCGGUCCUCGUGUCUGAAGAGGAGAGUCGGAACGCCUCCCGGGGGCCGUGGCGGGCCAGCCCCGUGAAGCAGGCCCAGCGGGCGGUGUCGAGGGCCCACCAGAGCUCGGGCGGGGGGGGGGGGAAGGUGCUGCGCUCCACCACCGUGUUCCUGUCGGACGCGGAGGACGAGUACGACGAGGAGGAGGGCGCGUCGGGCCGCAGGAGGAAGAAUGAGAGGAAGAGGAAGAUGUUUGAGCCGGACGCCGAGGUGAAGAGGGAGCGGCUGGACUCUGACGUAGACCUGGAGCUGGAGGCCCAGGGAGACCCGCCCAGCGCCCAGCACCACGCCAUGGACCCCAUGGGCCUGGUCCGCUCCCUGCCCCUGUCCCUGUCCCUCAGCCCGUUCUCGGCCCAGCUCCUCAGCCCCUACGUCCUCUCGCUCCCGUCCGCGUUGGUGGGCGACGCCGGCAAGGUGCAGAGCUUUCCCAACCCGCCGAACAUCUCCCACUUCUCGGACCCCCUCCUCGCGCAGACCCUCUCCUCGCUCGGGCAGACGCCGCUGUACAUGGCCAACGGCGACGACGGCGAGUCCGCCCUGGACCUCAGCAUGGGGAAGAACGGCAGCUCCAAGUCCGCCCCCGCCUCCUCCUCCUCGUCCCUGAUGGCCGACCUCGCGUCCACGCAGAAGGGCCGCCUCCUGGACGGGCUGGGCCUGAGGCCCACGUCCAAGGGCCUGGUGGUGGUCCAGGUCAAGUCCGAGCCGCUCGGAGUCAUGUCCGCUGCACACGGCGGCGGCGGCGGCCGUCUGGUCGGCUGCCACAGCGGACCCAAGUCCAGCAUCUACAUGCGGGCGGCGGAGAAGGUGAACGCGGCCCUGCUGGACAAGGAGCGGGAGAAGGAGCGGGAGAACGAGAAGGACCAGCAGCUGCAGCGGCGCUCCAAAGGCAAGCGGUACCGCGACAUGCGUCGCUCCCGCACCAUCAUCCAGGCGGAGCAGCUGGACAUCCUGUACGGCUGCUACUUCAAGGACCCCAACCCGGGCAAGCACGAGUUCGAGCAGAUCUCCGAGUGGGUGCACCUCCCGAAGAAGGUGGUCCAGAUCUGGUUCCAGAACAUGCGGGCGAGGGAGCGCAAGGGGGAGGUGAGGUUCAUCAGUGACGGCACCCUGGCGGCGGUGGGGAAGCCCCUCAUCAAGUUCACCUGGCCGCUGUCCAAACCCAUCUUCUCCAACAAGACCAGCAGCAACAACGCGGGCUGCGUGACGGCGGCGCCCAUCGUCCGCACCCUGAUGACCGACAAGGAGGCCUUGAAGGAGCUGAGCAAGCUGACCUGGGUGAAGAAGCAGACGCCGAUCCCCAUCAAGCCCAAAGAGAUCGUCUCCUCCUCCCCCUCCCCCUCCUCCUCCUCCUCCACCAAGGCCACUCCCGUCGACAGCAGUGUGUCCGCCGUGUCAAAGGUCAAACUGGAGACCACCACCAGCAACGUCACCAAGGCUCACGUCGCACCUAAGGCCGCGCCACCGGCCGUGCCGCCGCCGACUCCCCCAAAGGACCCCGUCCACAUUGCGCCGCGCCCGCUGCUCACGCCGAAGGCCGAGGAGGAGAGCGAGGAGGAGGAGGAGGAGGAGAAGACGGACGACGAGCUGGAGAGCGAGAACGAGGUCGCCGCGGGAGCCCCCAACCGCAUGGUCCCCAAGCUGACCCCCUCCCCCGUCUGCGGCAAGCCCCCCGCCGCGGUGGCGGCGCCGGCCCCGCAGAAACAAAACGGGCUCAAUUACUGGAGCGGCAAAAGCUCCUUUAAGAUCAACACGCUGUCGAGAGAGCAGCUGGCCCUCCCUCCCCCGCCCCCUCCCUCCGGCACCAUCCCCCCCCCGCCCACGCCCAGCAUCGCGCCCGUCAGCCCCAACAGCCGCUGCACGGCCAAGAUGGCCGUCCUCCCGCUGCCGGCCAAGUCCAGCCCCGCGGACGGCGGCGGCGGCGGCUUCCUGUCGCACUCCUCCAGCCGCCGGCCGCGCACGCACCUGUCCUGCCUGCAGCUGUCCAUCCUGCAGUCCUGCUACGAGACGUGCGCCCACCCCAACGCCAUGGAGUGCGAGGCCAUCGGCGCGGAGCUCAGCCUGCCGCUGAAGGUGGUGCAGAUCUGGUUCCAGAACACCAGGGCCAAAGAGAAGCGCUGGAAGCUGCAGCAGGAGAAGAUGUCGCCCCUGAUGGCGGGGAAGGUGGACACCAGCUCCGGGAGCUACCUGCAGUACAACGCCCUCCGCGCCAACCGGCCCAUCCUGCCCAAGCCGGUGCAGCUCACGGUCAUCGAGCCGGCGGCGUCCCCGGUGGCGGGCCAGCCCGUGCCCAAGGAGAGCCUCACGGGGCGCUGCGAGGCCUGCAGCGCCUCCUUCGAGUCGCGCGCCGCCGCCCGCACCCACGUCUUCUCGCCGCGCCACCUGGCCACGCUGAGGACCACCAACUUCGGCCAGCCCGCCACGCUGGUCAACAAGAACGGCGGCAGCGCCGGGGGGUCCGGUAACGGCGGCGGCGGCGGCGGCGGCGGCAGCACGCAGGCGGCUCCCCCGGCGCUCUCCGUCCCCAGCUCCGGGAGCUCCGGCCGGGCCUCUGAAGGGGAGGCGGGCGGGGAGGCUCCGCCCCCCAAAGCCAGCAGCAACAGCUAGAGACCCUCGUCUGGGUUGAUCUCCAAAUAACUCUUCCUGGACCCGUUUGGGCUCAUCAGAUUUUAAUGAACACGACUUUGAGCACUAACCCUUCGGAAGCUUAUAUAUCGUUUUUCUUUUUUGUUUUAAGUGCACUCUUCUCGCAGCCAAACUCUUUUUGGGUUCAACCCCCCCCCCCCCCCCCCCCCCCCCCCCCCCCCUCCACCGAAAUGAAAUCCGAAAAUGGAGUUUAAUCACUAGGGUUCAUCCUGAAUCUAUCCCGACCCACUACUGCCUCUGCAUUAAUCAAUAGCUCUCGAAUUAGCCUGUACAUGUAUCAAGACGCGCACACGCGAGACACGGAGAGAGAGAGAGAGAGAGAGAGGGUUCUGGGACUGUGAUAUUACCCUCCAUACGCACCCCAUCCCACCUUGCCUCCAUUACUACCCUUCACAUGCUUGUUCGUUGUCCGUAACUCGCACGACUGAUGCAAACGGAGGAGCCCCUUGACGCUGAGCCUGCACACCUUUUUGGGACUUCAAAUGUUAACAUUGCUCUCUCCCAGUCUGCGCCUUUGAAAUGUAUUUCAUGUAUUACGUCUACUUUGUCGAUUUUAGAACAACAUUUAAUGAGUGGAAUGAACCAGUGGAGCAGGCGACUGUCCGGCCGGGUUGACCUUUCACCCCUGUGACCUUUGACCUGGCUGCGACGCAGUCUGAAUGGGCGCUUGGUCUGACUUGGGAUUUUUACGGUACGGUAAAGCAGGAAAUGUCGUAACAUCUGCAUAUAUGUCCAUAGUUUUCAUGACAAUCCAAGAAGACAGGGAAAAUGAGAGACUUAGAAAGUAGAUUAUUGGCAUACCGCACUUUGGCACAUUUUGUAAGAAAUUUUAAGCAUUCUGAUGCGGUGUCUUUUUUUUUUUUAAAAAGAUACAUAAUUGCAUGUUGGAUGCCUUAAUAUAAAAUUAAUGAAAUAGAUUUUUGAUUUUUCAAGUCUUUUAAAAACAUGGAAUAGAUAUGAAAUUUUGUGUAGAAAGCCGAGUUGUGUUCCAAAAUGCAUACGAUCCAUCUGGGAAUAUGGUAUAUAAAGGGGACUCGUAUGAUUUUUUUUUUAUAUAUAUAUAUAUAUAUAUAUAUAUAUAUAUAUAUAUAUAUAGAGACAGAUGUGUCUAUAAAUCUAUAUAUAGAUAUGUUUUUACAACCACUUUUUCAAACAAUCCCCGGAUGUCACUUCCCUUACCGUUGCUUUAUUAGAGUAGGAUUUUGUUUUUGUUUCUGUGGUGGAUGUGUCAUUUUGGAAUAAAACUCAUUAAAUAGGUGUUGGGGAAAUGGUUUUUAGAAGUGGUGUGCCAGCAACAAGAUGGCCUUAAAGAGGACUAACAGCGCUUUGCUCAUCGCAAGCCAAGCGCUCCUCGUUUAAUGUGCAAAUAAUUCUGUUUUUACCUAAGCUGGAAGCUGAGACCCUAUCACAUCCAGAGGAUAUUCAGUCAAUGUCAUGUUUUCAUUUAUAAUGUACGCUUUGCGAAAAAUGAUCUAAUUACUAAAUGUAUUAAUUUAAUAUCAGUUGAGUCACAGAAGAUGCUAAGAUGGUGGCUUGUCUCUUGGCUGUGGUCAAAGCAAACUGCAAAAGGUCUGACCGAACAGGCUGAUAAUGAGCUGUUUCUUUUAAUGACAUUUCUUUGCCUUGUUUUGAUGACAAACGGUAUUGGAGACAAGAUGUAACUUUGGAAAGGGAGAGAUUGGUAUUCCACAGCCUUAAAGGUUGGGUAUGGGAUUUGUGAAACGCCAGCAGAUUUUGAAAAUACAAAACUCAAAUGGUCCUACCCCCUCUCCUUCAACGCUGACUCUGACUCCACCCAUUCCAAGUACACGCGCAAUCAUGCACGAGCGAACAGAUGCGUGGGAGCGAGCCAUUAGCUAGUUAGCUAGCUCCAGCAGCUACCACAGGAUAACAACAAACAGAAGCUUGCUCUGGGUCACAAGCUUUGAGUACGUGCAUGAAGGGGUCACGCGGGGAGCGGGGGAGGGGUCGCGGGAGUGCAGGACGACCGUUUGAUUGACGUACUUACUGUCCAAUGCCACUCGUUGGGUCUGGAAAUCAUUGGCUGGAGUUAUUCGAGUCCUGCCCGUUCCACAAAUGAUUGACUUGUUUAAUUUUCAUGUCAGUACUUCUAACUCAGUGGCUGUAAGUGGGUUAUGAUAAGGAUUUUCAAGUAAUUUUGCAAAAAUUGCCAAAAAAGAGAAUUCCAUACCCAACCUUUAAGAGAGGAGGGCUAAUAUUUGGGAAGUGAAUUGGAAACCUUUAAAACUUGUGACUGGAGAGCUAAUAAGAUGGUGCUGCAAAGGAGAUAAAACACAUUUCCUUUCAUUUAAGUUGUACAUUAAUAAUAUUGUUACUAUCGAUAGUUUUAACAAAAUGCAAAACUAAAAAAUCUUUUGUAAAGAAAAUAUAUUAAAAGAACUGCUAUUCCAAAGUGAUCCUCCCUUUUGCUUUCUGUCAUUCAAAAGAAAAACAAACAAACCAAAAAGCAAUCUUGAGGUCGACAGAGGGCAGAAGAGGAGUCGUUCAAUGCAAACUGUAACGGACCCCCAAUGGGCGUUUCGCAGCCGUCACACGAUUUUUGCACAAGUUACUGGUCGUUCCGUUGGAGCCUCCACCCACUAACCAACAUGUCCAGAGGUCAGAUUACGGAUGGCUUUGAAAGGCCAUCUUCCCUGCUCCAAUGUUUCUUCCUGGUUGGAAUCUGUAUCUUGUGUCUAAAGUAGGGAGCGGAGGACCUUGAUACUGGGAUUAUACACACACACACACACACACACACACACACACACACACACACACGGUGUUGCACUGUUCAAACUAGAUAGGUUUUAUGGAGAUCUGCUUUUUAUUAUGUUUCAUUGUCACUUUGAUUAUCACUAUUGUUAUAACCGUACUACUACUUAUCCUAUUAUCAUUACUACUCAUCGCUGUUUUGAAUAUUAUUGAUCCAUAACGGGGUUUUCAUGUCACCACCUUGCUCAGAGGAAUAUGGUAAAGGUUUGACCAGUGAUGGUGGCAGCAGCGUUAUGAAUUGUUAGAACUUUGAUUAUUAAGCUUGAUUAAUUUUGUUUUUUCUUUCUACAAUUCAUGUGUUCCCGUCUUUUUGUGUUUGGUCUCCAUACUGCUUUCUUUGUUAUACAGAAAAACAAAUAAAAUCAAUUGACAACGA